AAAGAAGAAGAAGUUCGCCACUCUGAUCGAUCGAUUUUUUAGCUUUCGCUCGAAAUCUGAAUCUUGGCGCUCUCUCUGAAUUCUGCAUUUGCUGUUGCUCUGUGAAUGUUGGUAAUCUGAAAUUCAGGUUGUUCUUCUACAUUUCCCGGCGGCCUCCGUCGUUAGGGCGGUAAGAAAAUGGAGCCGGACGUGAGCAUCGAAACCUCGUGCAUGAUCCGGAUCGCGGUGCUUCCAGUCGGUACAGUGCCGGCGAGCGUCCUCAGAGAUUACUUCUCCAUGUUUCUGCGGCACCACACCAUUCCUCUUGCCGCGAUAAGUUCCUUCUACACGGAGCACCAGAAAUCCCCCUUUGCACAGCAGCCGUGGGAUGCCGGAUCGAUUCGGUUCAAGUUCUUGCUCGGCGGAGCUCCACCGAGUCCCUGGGAGGAUUUCCAGUCCAACAGAAAGAUUCUCGCGGUAAUUGGAAUCUGCCACUGCCCUUCAACACCCGAUCUCGAUUCCGCGGUGGAGCAGUUCGCCGCGGCGUGUAAGAGUUACUCGUCGGCGUUGGUCCAACGGUGCUUUGCAUUCUGCCCUUGCGAUUCUCAGCUCGAGGACGGCGGGAAGAAAGAGGAUGUCCUGAGGCUGUUCCCUCCUGCUGACCACCAGACGCUGGAUAUCCAUUUGCAGACAAUGAUGCAGGAAAUCGCCGCUUCGUUGCUGAUGGAUUUUGAGAAGUGGGUGCUCAAGGCGGAAUCGGCAGGAACUAUACUCAAGACGCCUUUGGAUUCUCAAGCCAGUCUCAGUUCAGAGGAGGUUCUCAAGGCGAAAAAGAGAAGACUUGGCCGUGCACAGAAGACCAUAGGGGAUUAUUGUUUGUUGGCUGGAUCACCAGUUGAUGCUAGUGCCCAUUAUACUACUGCAUUAGAACUUGCCAGAUUGACUGGGGAUUUCUUCUGGUUUGCUGGCGCCUUGGAGGGUAGCGUUUGUGCUUUACUGAUGGAUCGAGUGAGCCACAUUGAUGCAGUUUUAGAAGAUGAAGAGUAUCAAUACAAUAAUGUGAUAUUACAUUAUAGGAAGUCAUUUAUCCAAGACAAUGCUCAGAGAGUUUCUCCCUUAAGCUUUGAACUUGAAGCUACUUUAAAGUUAGCAAGAUUUCUCUGCAGGCGCAAUCUGUCUAAGGAAGUUGUGGAGUUGCUGACCAGUGCAGCAGAUGGUGGAAAGUCAUUGAUUGAUGUUAAUGAUAGACUAGUUUUAUUUGUUGAAAUAGCACGGUUAUUUGGGACAAUUGGUUACCAGAGGAAGGCUGCCUUUUUCUCAAGGCAGGUUGCACAAUUGUAUCUCCAACAGGACAAUAAGUUUGCCGCUACAAGUGCCAUGCAAGUGUUGGCAAUGACUACAAAAGCAUAUCGUGUUCAGAGCAAAGCAUCUAUGCCUGAUCCUCAUACGAAAAAGCAGACUGGGCCAAGUCAUGCUGAUAGUGGGAAAAUGCAUCAUCAUUUGGUUGUAUCUUUAUUUGAAUCGCAAUGGAGCACGCUGCAGAUGGUUGUGCUCAGAGAGAUACUGUUAUCUGCUGUUCGAGCAGGUGAUCCACUGGCUGCAUGGAGUGCGGCUGCUAGGCUGCUGAGACAAUACUAUCCUCUGAUUACCCCUCCAGGGCAGAAUGGGCUUGCUAGUGCACUCAAUAACUCUGCUGAAAGGCUGCCUUCUGGAACUCGCUCUGCUGAUCCUGCUUUGCCUUUCGUGAGGUUGCAUUCUUUUCCUCUUCAUCCAUCGCAAAUGGAUAUUAUCAAGCGAAGCCCCACUAAGGAAGAUUGGUGGGCUGGAUCUGCUCCUUCAGGACCUUUUAUCUAUACCCCAUUCAGCAAAGGGGAACCAAAUGAUACUAGCAAGCAGGAGCUGGUUUGGAUUGUUGGAGAACCAGUCCAGGUUUUAGUUGAGCUUGCAAACCCAUGCGGCUUUGAUCUAAGGGUUGAUAGUAUAUAUCUCACGGUGCAUUCUGGUUCUUUUGAUGCUUUUCCAAUAAGUGUGGACCUUCCUCCUAACUCAUCAAAGGUGAUCACAUUAUCUGGAAUCCCGACUUCUGUGGGGCCCAUAACGAUUCCCGGGUGUACUGUUCACUGCUUUGGAGUUAUCACAGAACACCAUUUCAAGGAUGUUGAUAACUUGCUCCUUGGGGCAGCGCAGGGGCUUGUGCUCUCUGAUCCAUUCAGGUGUUGCGGAUCUGCAAAGUUGAGAAAUAUAUCUGUGCCCAGUAUCUCUGUUGUGCCACCACUGCCAUUGCUAGUCUCACACGUGGUGGGUGGUGAUGGAGCAAUAAUGUUGUAUGAAGGUGAGAUACGUGAUAUCUGGAUUAGCCUGUCAAAUGCAGGAACUGUUCCAGUUGAGCAAGCACAUAUUUCCCUCUCUGGUAAGAACCAAGAUUCGAUCAUCUCGAUACCUUAUGAGACCUUGAAAUCUGUUCUUCCGUUGAAGCCUGGAGCAGAGGUGAUUCUACCUCUAACUUUAAAAGCUUGGCAGCUCGGGCCUAUGGAUUUUGAGAUUGGUGGUGGAAGGGCUGCAGCCUCUGGAAGCACAGGAAGGCAGUUUAAGGAUGCUAGUGUACCUACUCUAUUGAUCCAUUAUGCAGGGCCAUCAACAGAUUCUGGAGAUGUUACUUCUGCAACUGGAUCUACUUUGCCUCCAGGAAGACGCUUAGUUCUCCCACUGCAAGUUUGUGUAUUGCCUGGUAUGUCACUCAUCAAGGCUCGUCUGCUUUCAAUGGAAAUUCCUGCAUAUAUUGGAAAAGCUCAUCCUAAACCAAUGCACGAGGAUGAUCCCACCACAGAAACGGUUGAAGAAUCUGAAAGAAAGAUGGAGAAAAGGUUGGUAAAGAUCGAUCCCUACAGAGGCAGCUGGGGAUUGCGUUUCCUAGAGCUAGAACUGUCUAAUCCAACCGACGUAGUGUUUGAGAUAGGUGUCUCUGUCCAGCUGGAUGGCACUGACGAUAAUAACCUUUCUACUAAUCAAGAUGGUAGUACUGAAUAUGGUUAUCCAAAAACUAGGAUCGACCGGGACUAUUCGGCAAGGGUCCUUGUACCUCUGGAGCAUUUCAAACUGCCUGUCCUCGAUGAUUCCUUCUUCAUGAGGGAUUUCUGCAACGAAGGUUCCACUAGUAGCAGCAGAAGUUCGAGCUUCUCCGAGAAAAACACAAAAGCUGAACUUAAUGCUUCGAUCAAAAGCCUGAUCUCCAGAAUAAAGGUGAGGUGGCAAUCGGGAAGGAACAGCUCCGGUGAACUGAAUAUUAAGGAUGCUGUACACACAGCACUUCAGACAUCAGUCAUGGAUGUCCUGCUUCCUGAUCCAUUGACAUUUGGGUUUAGGCUUACCCGGGACAACAGUUCGCCCCAACAAGGAUCUGACUCCAAAGAUUCCGUUUUGGCAAAUGACAUGACCCCAAUGGAAGUUCUGGUCCGGAAUAAUACGAAAGAAAUGAUCAAGAUGAGCCUAGGGAUCUCGUGUAGGGAUGUAGCUGGUGAAAACUGCAUCGAAGGUGAAAAGUCUACUGUUCUGUGGGCUGGGGUCCUGAAUGGGAUAACAAUGGAGGUUCCGCCGCUUCAAGAAUCAAAACAUACAUUUUCGCUCUACUUCCUGGUGCCAGGGGAGUAUACAUUGGUAGCUGCAGCGGUGAUUGAAGAUGCUAACGAUGUCCUCAGAGCUCGUGCUAAAACUGAUUCACCAGACGAGCCUAUCUAUUGUCGAGGGCCUCCUUUUCAUGUGCGCGUCCUGGGAACGGCAUGAGGGUCGCUCUUGGCUUGUAGAUUUGGAAUCUGGAGUUUGUAGUGAGUUCCAUUUUUGUAUGUAGCUGUUGGCUUUGUAUACCAUGCGGUCGUUGUGCUGCAGAAUGCUUCUCUUGCUCAUAAAGUUACUGCCCAGUAGAAGAAAAAGAGGCAAACAUUGGACCAUAUCCUGAAAUUAGGAGCGUUGAAAAGUACAAUUCCAUUAUAUCCCUCUAUGAAAGUUUCAUCAUAGUUAAUCUCCAACUGGGUUGAGGACUUGCAGGUUAAAAUUAAAUAAUUGAUCUCCAGAUCUGUUCUUUAUGAAGGUUCAAGCAAAUAGUAACCCUUUUUUUUUUACAACAUAUUUCUUUCUAUACUAACCUUUAAAACAGGCUCACAACUAGCGGCUCACCCUUGCGAUGAAUGUUGUAUUGUAACAAAUAAUCAUAGUAUGAAUAUAUGGAUCGGUAUAAUAAAUACUUUGACAUUACAUUAUUUGAUUUAUUUGGUUGUUGAGUUGUAAGUACAUACACAUCAAAACAAUUGAAAAACCAAUUGUAUAUUAGGUUUUUAUUGUCACCUUAAUGCUUUUGUAAUCUAAAUCAUAUUAAUUAAUAUCAUUAUAACUGCAUCAAUUUAAUCCACUUGCAAUUGCAUCUGCUGUUAGCUUGCAAAUAUACAAUGAAUUGCUAUAUUUAUUCUACUGGAUUUAGUAUUUACAAUUACAAAAACCAUGUCACGUCAUCUUGCAAUUGAAAAUGCUAGAUCAAUGUGGAUGUUUUGAGAUAAUGGUAUAAGAUUCAUAAUUAAUUUUUUCUCAACAAUUUAAGUUUUUUUGGAUCAAUUGGUUCUUAAACAUGGUAUUAGGUCAAGUUUGGCCAAGCAGUCGUGUGUUCAAAUCUCUACGACCCCAAAUAUAACAUUUUACUUAAACACAUGAUAUGGUGUCCUGUGCAAACUUCAAGCUUAUGAGUUUAUUUUCGUUUCGGAGGCGUGUAAGAGAGUGGUAUAAUAUCAACUUAAGUUAUUGGAUAUAAUUUUAUUUAAACAUACGAUAUGGUGUCCUAUGCAAACUUCAAGCUUAUAAGUUUAUUUUCAUUUCAGGGGCGUGUAAGAGAGUGGUAUAGGGCUGGGAAAAUAGACCAGACCGUUAGAAAAACCAUGGUCCAAACCGUUAUGCAAUAGUUUGGUCCGGACCGUAGACCGUUAAGUAUGGUCUGGUCUGGUCCAUGGUUUGUAUUAUUUUAUGUUUUGAUCUCUUGGUCUGGUCUGGUAUAGAUCGUGGUUUACCGGACCAAAACCAACCGACUUGUCAAUACGUGUUAACAGUCCAUUCGACCACUCUCCCAACUCCCACAACAACACCCAAGUCUCAACCUUAAUUUUGCGAAUCUCGUCCCUCCUUCAUUCAGAACCACACUUAACCAGAGAGUAGAGAUAAUCGUGUCUCCAUAUGACAUUAUGUUAAUGUUUAUAACGUUAUGGUGCAAGUUGGGAUGCUUUUACUUUAUAUCUUUGUUAUGUACUAAGAUUUAGGGUAUCAAAUUUGUUCAUGCAUGUUAGGAUUAAUAUUUGAAGGCAAAUAAAAAUUAUUUUUCUUGAUUAUUAGUUCAAUUUUUGUGUGCUUGACUAAAAAAUUGUUCAUUUUUCGUUGAGUGUGGUCUAUCUGGAUCAGACCAGACCAAACUAGACCGCACAGGCGUGGUCUGGACCGAACCGCAUAGUCUGUGGUCUGAUCUGUGGUCUAUACUUCAGCCUGUCGGUCUGGACCAUAGACCGUAUAUAUGGUCUGGUCUGGACCAGACUGCACCGUUUCCCAGCCCUAGAGUGGUAUAAGAUCAACUUAAGUUAUUGGAUAUCAUUUUAUUAUUGACAAUGUUUAUCCUCUACUUUUAAUAACCACUAGUUUUUUUUAGAAUAACCACUAUUUUUAAUAAAAGAUACAUAUUAUUGAUUAUAUGAAAAGAAAACGAAUUCAAAUAUAAACCAACAAUCACAAUUUUUAGUUGAGAUUGUACAAUUCGUUCUUUUUUAUAGGCGGACAUACACAAAAUAAUAUAUACAUUAUUUUAUAAUUUGGCACUUUCAAGCAUUGUAUUCAUACAUUUUUAUACCUAUACUUUGAAAUUUAUAUGCAUGCCCAAGUUUACGUGUAUUUAUGGUGUGCUUUAAUAAACAUGUGAUUUGUUUUAUGAAAUUUUUUAGAUGCUUUAAGUAACUUGUGAUAUGUUUUAAUAAACUUGUAGUAUUCUUUAUGUGGUUUUUGGUCUGAUUUAGAAAACAUGUUGUAUGUUUUAAGAAACUCGUGGUGUGCUUUAAUAUACUCAUAAUAUAUUUUACAAAACUUGUACUAUGUUUUAAUGAACUUGUGGUAUGUUUUAUGAAAUUUGUGUGCUUUAAGAAAAUUGUUGUCUAUCUCUAUCUCUUGAAAUAAAAAAAUCAUAAUAUAUGUAUUAUCUCAAUCUAAUGUUAACACUUAACACUGUACUAACAAAUUGGGUGUUAAGAUGCUAAUUAUUCUAAAUGCUAAUAACGCCAAUGAAGUCGAAGUGCAAAAGAAAAAUUAAAAACGAAGUGCAAGAAGAGAAGAGAAAGUGGGCUGAGCGGGCCGUUUUAUUUUUCUCCAUGAGUGGGCUUUUCCCAGUUUGUAAACAAAAAAAUGAAGUGGGAGAUGAGAAAGUGGGCUGAGUCGGCCGUUUUAUUUUUCUCCAUGAGUUGGCUUUUCCCAGUUUGUAAAACCCUAAGCUCUGUCCCCAACUCCUAUAUAUAUUUCGCCCUCUUUCCGCAUCCAUUCAUCUCAAUGAAUCCCAUCAAUUACCGGCGCUCGCCUGCUUCUCCGUAGAAGAAUGAUCGAGAGCUGCCGCUUGCUUAUCUUCUCCUUUCCCAAUUUCUUUUAGUUUUUUUCAUGGUUAUCUCUGUUCUAGCUUCGUCUUUCUUCCUUUUUUCACAAAUUACUCUGGUGUAGAAAACUUCAACCUGGUGGAUAAAAGCAGGGAUCUGUUUCCUAUCAUGAGCAGAUCUCUCGUAAACCUCAGGAAGAUCAGUUGUUCCUUGUUCUUGGGUGAACCUGUGUUUUUUUUUUACUGUGGCUCAAGGUUCAGUAAACGAUGAUACAUCUAAAAAUUUCUUUCCCAACAUGUUAUCAAUUUGAAUUGGUGGGUUUUCUUGUGAAAAAUUAUUGUUGGUUUUGCUGUCGGUGAUGAUAAAUCCAAAGGCUUGUUUCUCAAGAACAUUCGCAGUGGCCGCCUAAAGCUUUCGCCUUUCGCCGGGCUUGAGAGCUUAUGAUGUUCAUCUUUCCUUCCUUGGAUGUCUGAGACUCUGUAAAUUCUCCUUUAUUAUUUUGAAUCUGGCUUUUCUCAAUUGGUUGCAUUGCAGGCUCAGUUGUGGAUUCGUUCUAUCGAAGGAAGUGUCGAGACCAAGUUUCAAGAUUGCUUUACUUUCUUUGUGGUUCUGUUUAGGCAGCUGUUUAUAGAUUGGUUGUUCAUCAAUGAAGAUUCCGGUGUUUACAAUGAAAACAAUCCGUUCAAUUGCAUGUUAGAUAAUAAAUUUUGGAACAUUGUUCUGUAUUCUGGCAAUGAUUAAUGAAAUUUGCGAAUGUUG